CGCCCGCACCCUUAAAAUUCCUCACAGCAAAAAGCCUUCAUCCAUUCGUCUCAACUAAUUCAACACCAGACCUUGAGAUCGUAAGGAAAAUGGGCGUUUUCACGUUUGUGUGCAGAGAAUCCGGUUCCGAUUGGACGGCAAAGCAGCUCAACGGCGAGCUGGAGGCUUCCGCCGACUCCACCUUCGGCCUCCAGCGUAAGCUCGUUCAGGCCGCUCUCUCCUCCGACUCCGGCGCCGUCCAGUCCUCCUUCUCCUACGUCACUCCUAAAUCCGCCGUAUUUCAGGUGAUUGUUGGAGGUGGAGGUGGUGGUUCCUUUGUGGGAGGUGGAGGUGCUGCAGCUGCAGCCUCUGGUGGUGGUGGUGGUGCAGCUGCUGAGGCGCCUGCAGCUGAGAAGAAGGAAGAAGAGAAGGAGGAAAGUGAUGAUGACAUUGGAAUGUCGCUCUUCGAUGAUGAGUAGAUUUAUCACUUGCAUCCUUUAAAUAUCGUUUACUUAGAAUUUUCAUUGUUACUGCAGUUUUGCUUCUAUUGGUUUAGGAUUUUGAGCUCUCCAAUGAUCCACCUUUUGACUCUGCAGAUAUUAUCAUUAUUUAAUGUUGAUGUUUGAAUCUUGCAUUUUGCCAA